AUGAUGGCAAAUCGGUCAAAAGUACUGACACUCUACAAGCACAUCUUGACGCUGCACCGGUAUAAACUAGAGCCGCAUAUGCGCGUGCUUGGAGAUCAAUACGUGCGUGAUGAAUUCAAGAGACACAAGAAUGCAGCAUCUAAGUUUGUGCCGCUAUUUCUACGAGAAUGGGAGCAAUAUGCAGCCAUGAUGAGCCAAAAGAAGAACUGUUUUGGACAAGAGCUGUCCGUUGAAGAUCAGCAGCUACUCGAUGAUGAGCAAAAGAUAAAGCUACGUACACUUCAAGAUGCUGCUAAGAAGGUGGGCGAGACCAUUAUCUAA